AUGGCCGAACCCAGCUCAAUCGAAAAGGGCGCCUUCGUCCAGGGCUCAUCCGUGUCUUCGCCUGGUUCGACGACCGAAGAAGUCUCUUUUGAUCCCGCUGCUGAGCGCAAGCUUUUGCGAAAGCUCGACAUCAGGAUCUUGCCUGUACUAUGGAUCCUCUAUCUUGUCAACUUCAUCGACCGCGCCAACAUUGGAAAUGCGAAAAUCGCGGGCAUGGAGAAGGAGCUGAACCUCAUCGGCCAGCGCUUCAACAUCUGUGUGUGGGUCUUUAACCUUGGCUACCUUGUUGCUGGUAUUCCGCUUCAAAUUGCGUUCAAGCAUUAUGGGCCAAAAUCCCUCUGUGUCAUGAUGUUCUUUUGGGGCAUCACAGUCAUCGGACAGGGAAAUGUCAAGCGAUGGGAAGAAAUGGUUGUUUGCCGUCUGCUCACUGGCUUCGCUGAAGCGGCCUUCAUCUCUGGCUGUGCCUAUCUGAUCGGCGCAUACUACUCCAAGCGCGAGUAUCUUACACGCUAUGUCUACUUCCUUACGGCCGGUAUCAUCGCCGGUGCUAUCAACGGAUUUCUCUCGUCGUUGAUCUCUAAGAUGAGCGGUACUGCUGGCUAUGCCGCAUGGCGAUGGAUUUUUAUCAUCGAAGGUUGCAUUACAGUCUUCAUCAGCAUCAUCACCUGGCCAUUUAUUCCUCCGUUCCCAGAAGACUGCAAUUUCUUGUCUCCUGAAGAAAAGGCUCUUAUGCUUGCACGAGUGAAGGCUGAUGGAGGCCAUGUGUCUGACGAUGAAAUCACACUCAAGAAGGCUCUCGAGUACCUGAAAGACUGGAAGAUCUGGACUGGUGUCGCAAUGAACCUCGGAGUCACAGAAAACGCAAACUCGCUCGCCAACUUCCAGCCGACUAUCCUCAAAGGCCUCGGCUACACUGCGAUCCAGGCUCAAGUCCACACCAUCCCCGUAUACCUGGUCGGUGCUGCCUUCUCCGUCAUCUUCGCUUAUGCAAGUGAGCGUCUGCAGCGCCGCUACCUUUUCUACAUCUUUGGCUGGGCGGUUCUCGCAGUUGGUCUCAUCGUUGAGAUUGCACACCCGCCAAACCCCAAGGUACGAUACAUGGGCAUGUUCUUCAUCGCAUGCGGCUGCUACCUCGCCAUGCCCAUCUCCAUCAUCUGGGUCUCUAUGAACUGCGGCAGCGGCUACAAGCGCGCCGUAGCCAUCGCCGCAAUCAUCAACUUUGGCACCGCCGGCGCCUUCGUCAGCUCCAACGUUUUCCUCUUCAACGAAGCCCCCCGGUUCCGUACUGGUUUCAGCACUGGUCUCGGUCUAGCGUGCUUGGGUGCCAUUGCCGCGACCAUAACCUGGUACGGCUGCAAGAAGGAGAACAAGAGGCGCGACCAAAAGAGGCUCGAGUUGCCCGAGGUCUUGGAUCAGAGCAUGAAGGAGUUGGGCGACGAGCACCCAGACUUCCGCUUUGCCUUGUAG